GGCGGAAUCUUUUAAUUUUCUACUAUGAUUGCUUUAUGACUUUAUGUUACGUCGAUCUGCAGUCCUUUUCUUUUCUUUUGGAUGAUUUAAGUCGUUUCGAUUGCUUUACUAUUAAAUCGAUUUCAUGAAAUUGAUAGCUGAUUAAAGAUCGUGAGAUUUGACUGGAUUGAUGGAUGAAUGUGUUGGAUGAUCGAUAUACAGAAUUUUUCAGAAACUGCAACCACUUAAAAGGACAGGGUAUUACAAACACUCAAGACCGUGACAGACAUAUCUCUUCCACAAUCCAAACACUACCAUCAGAUAUAGGUACUUUGUAUGUAUACAGCACAUCAAGAAAAGGAGCAGUGGAGAACUAAGUAUUUAGAUCAUGGAACUGAAUUCUAUCAAAGAUGCGUUUGAUUGUGUUAUCAAGAAACAAGCUCUUUCCACAUCGAAAUUUGAGGAGGCAAUUGAACAAAUCAUCCAAGAAAUCGAUCAGACAUUAUCAGGAAUACAAUCAGCCCUUAAUGGUCUUUCAUCUCAACCUGACCACAAAUCGAUCCUGGGUGAACUGAAAACUAAAUUGAAGGAGAUCGCUCCACUUGGUCGGCUGGAAGGUACACAAAAGGAACUAAACAUUGCUUUGAGUAAGUACACUAAGCUCCUCGAGAAACAAUUCAAUCCAGAUAUAUCCAAGUCUUAUAGGAACGUAGACUUUGAUAGUCACACAGUCAACCAGAUUAUUGCUGGUCACUUCUAUCGGGAAGGCCUGUUUGAUAUAGGUGAUUGUUUCAUAAAUGAAGCUCAUGAAGAUGUCAUCUUUGUUAGGAAAACCCGCUUCCUAGAAAUGUACGAGAUACUCGAAUCCAUGAAGUCUCGUGAUCUGGGUCCCGCUUUGAAAUGGGCCACGACCAACCACGAGAAGCUCCAACAGAAUGGAUCAGAUAUCGAAUUGAAACUUCAUCGUUUGCAGUUCAUGGAGAUUCUUCAACAUGGUAGUAGAGAUGAAGCUCUCAAGUAUGGCAGGACUUAUUUCGCUCCUUUUGCCACCGAACACUUUUCCGAAAUCCAGAAGCUCAUGGCAUGUCUUCUGUGGGCCGGAAAGCUGGACUUGUCACCUUAUUCAGAGUUCUUAUCGCCAACCCAUUGGGCCAAGCUAGCCCAAGAGCUGGCCCAAGAGCUAUGCAAUCUGUUGGGAGAAUCAUAUGAAAGCCCAUUAAGAGUGACAAUAGGUGCUGGAGUUCAAGGAUUGCCAACCCUAUUGAAGCUGAUGAAUGUGAUGGCAGGGAAGAAGGCAGAAUGGGAAUGCAUGAAGCAGUUACCAGUGCCUGUGGAUUUGGGUACGGAAUAUCAGUUUCACUCGAUAUUCGUGUGUCCGGUGAGUCGAGAGCAGGCGAGCGAAGAUAAUCCGGCAAUGCUGAUGUCAUGUGGGCACGUGCUUUGCAAACAAUCAAUAGCAAAGUUAUCGAAGAACAACAGCACGAGGCCUUUCAAAUGUCCAUACUGCCCUACUGAGGUAGAAGUGGGUCAGUGUAGAAGGUUGUACUUUUAACAGAAUUGGACCUGUUGGAACGAUGGUGGUUGUUGGGGGAUGGAUGGAUGGAUGGAUGGUUGUAAAAACUGUAACUGUUGGUGUAAUAUUUAUGUGAAUUGUAUUGUAAAUAGGAAUUCCUUCAGCUUGUUUCUGAAAGUUACAAAGUAAUUGGAUGUUGGGGUAUUUAUGAAGGUUCAGAGUUAAAAGUGUGACUCAAA